AUGAUCGUAAAGAACAUGUCCUUCAAGGUCGGGCAGACCCUGACCAUUGUUGGAGUCCCCAAGCCUGAUCUCGCCAUUGAAUUCACCCCCACAGAGUUCCAGGUGAUUUUAUCUGAUGGCUCUACAAUCCACUUCCCCAACCGGAUGGGUGCGGAGAAGUGCUCCUUCAUCAACUUUGAUGGGGACGUUCGCAUCACAAGCGUUGAAAUCAAGUAA